AUGAGUCACAUUAAGUAGGCGUUCGGUCAUAAAUUCCAAAUAUUUUCUAUUUUAUUUGGAAUUUAUGAAGUUGGAGUUAAUGAUGGAGUUGUGUUUGAUUAUAUAUUUUAUAAAAGAGAGAAGAGAGCACUUUAUUUGAAAUUUUUGAAGAUAGUUGGAAUACAGUUUUUCCCAAAAAAAAAAAAAAAAAAAAAAAAAAAACUAAAAACUUCAUGGACGAGGAAUGGUAUACAGACCUCCUAAAAAUAAAACUCAAUGAUAUGGUUCCCAAUGAUAUAUAUACUAUAUUACGUUACAAACGUUCCCGCUUAUUAUCCUUAAUCUCCCACGGAGCCAUUACUUUAAAGUCUCACGCAAGGUCUCAAAAAACGUCAAAACCAAAAUGUUGAAGACAAUUCUUCUUAUAGGAGAAAUGCUUCUUGGUUUAGGAGGACUAUGUGGUGCUACUAUUAAUUUAACAACUCCCAUUCCAGCCCCUACUAAUUAUUGUGGCACCGCCGAAAUUAAACCCGGUUUAAAUGUACCUUAUUCUUGCUGUCCCCCUAAGCUAGAUAUUGAUCCUAAAGAUAUUCCUUAUUACAGGUUUCCUCCCGUGUCGAAGCUCCGUAUUCGUCCAGCCGCUCAUGCGGUGGACGAAGAGUACAUGGCUAAGUUCAACUUAGCCAUGACUAGAAUGAAGGAACUCGACGUUAAAGACCCUAGUGAUCCACGUGGGUUUAUGCAACAAGCCAAUAUCCAUUGUGCUUAUUGCAACGGUGCGUACAAAGUUGGUGACCAAGAGCUACAAGUUCACUACUCGUGGCUUUUUUUCCCCUACCAUAGAUGGUACUUGUACUUUUAUGAGAAAAUCUUGGGCACUUUAAUCAAUGAUACAAGUUUUGCGUUGCCAUAUUGGAAUUGGGACCAUCCAAAGGGAAUGCGUUUGCCUCCCAUGUUCGAUCAACCAAAUGUGUACCCUGAUCUUUACAACCCAAGACGUAACAAGGAUCAUCGCGGUGAAGCAAUCUUGGACCUAGUUCAUUUUGGUGACGAUGUACAAGCAACAGACUUACAAAGGAUGAGCAAUAACUUGGUUCUAAUGUCUCGUCAAAUGGUUACCAAUUCACCAUGUAAACAACUAUUUUUUGGUAAGCCAUAUACCAUAGAAACCGGACCCAAACCAGGGCAGGGAGUUGUUGAAAACAUCCCUCAUACUCCUGUCCACAUUUGGGUUGGCACAGUGGUGGGUUCUGAUUUGGGUAACAAGAAAUCGGAUGGUGAGGACAUGGGGAAUUUCUAUACAUCAGGUUUAGAUCCUGCUUUCUAUUGUCACCACGCGAAUGUAGAUCGCAUGUGGACAAUAUGGAAUACAUUAGGAGGAAAACGCAAGGACAUCGAUGAUUCAGAUUUUUUGAAUGCUGAGUUCUUCUUCUACGACGAAAAUAAGAAGCCUGUUCGCGUAAAAGUCCGUGACUCAUUGGACAAUAGGAAAAUGGGAUUUGAUUACCAACCAAUGCCAACUCCAUGGCGCAAUUAUAAGCUACUCAAGAAAAGCAAGACCAAGCUCAAUGCAGGUUUACUUCCUCCAACUACCCAAAUAUUCCCUAUUGCAAAGUUGGACAAAGUCAUAUCAUUUUCAAUCCAAAGGCCAACUUCAGGUAGAACUCAGCAGCAGAAAGACGCAAAAGAAGAGAUGUUAACGUUCAAGAAUCUCAGGUACGAUGUGCGAAAGCAAAUGAGGUUUGAUGUGUUCCUUAACGCAGACGAAAACUCAAACUGGAAUGAGAUAAACAGGGCAGAAUUUUCAGGAAGUUAUACAAACUUGCCCCAUAUUCAGAGGAACCAUAGUGAACCACAUAUAGCCACUAUUAAACGAUUUCAGCUGGCCAUUACUGAGUUGCUUGAAGAAAUUGGCCUGGAAAAUGAAGACAAUAUUGUAGUGACUUUGGUCCCAAAAAUUGGGGGUGAAUCUGUCACCAUUGAAUCUGCUGAGAUUAUACUUGAAGCUUGUUGACGAAUCAUGGUCCGUUCAAGUUAAUUUUCUUAGUGAUGAUGCAUUUUUGACGGCUAUGCAUUUGCUUUUCCUUGUUGAGAUCA